AUGAAACAAGCACGAACAAAACAAAACAAAACAGAAUUGUACAGACAUACACAGGGAUUUUUGGAAUACUCGGUUCGCAACUAUACUAUUACUACUGGUGCACUUACUACUACUACUACUACUACUACUACUACUACUACUACUACUACUACUACUACUACUACUACUACUACUACUACUACCGAUAAUAAUAAUAGUAACAAGAAUGAUGCGAAACAAAAGGAUUAUCACUCUAACAUUUUUAAAAAACUGAAUACAUUGUAA